GCUGUGUAACAAUGAUGUGAGAAACAUGAGCCUCCCUCCACCUCCUCCACCCUCUCUGUCCUCGCCUCAGUCCUCAGUCCAAAAGUCAAGAGAGAUCGUGUUAUUUCCAAAAAUUACUACAUGUUUUUAUCUAACCAAAUAUUCUGCUUCAGUCCAUAUUUUUCGUCGUUCAGCCCUUCAAAAACAGCAGUUUCACUGCGGUUAAAAACGGCUUUCUCUCCCACACACACCUGUAACGGGGCGGUCCAGCAGCAAUCCAACAGCACCAUAAAUUACAUUUAUAUAAAUAUAAAUAACAAUGAAAACAGCUGGCAGACCCAGAAAAUGAAGAAGACAUUUAGAAACAUCCCAGUCACGUCAAUAAAACAAGAGGUUUGAUCAAGUUGAACCUAUUUAACAUCCCCGGACUACCACUGAAUCAAAUAUAUCAAACAAUCAUCAAAUGUGAACCCUCUGAACAGCAGAACUUCAGCUUUUGUUUCAUAUUUACAGCUCUGACAGAAAAUUAUAAGACAGCUAAACAGAAAUGUAAUUCUUUUUUUUUUAUUGAUUAUAUUUAUUGAAACCAAUUAGCUUUUAAGUGGGAGGAAACCGGAGCACCUGGAGAAAAACCCACAGCACCCAAGUAGACAGCAGACAAACUCACAAAGGCUCAGGAAGUCACAUCCUCGCCUGUGAGCUCACACUGCUGGCCACUAAGUCUUCUGAAGCCGAUUGGACGGAGUCUGUCUCCGCUCGUCUGCUGAGACGCCCCCAUCACUCAGUUCAUCAACUACAGAAUACUGAGAGACCACCGGCUGCAGAGCUGGAGGAGAGGAGGAGGAGAGAGGAGGAGAGGAGAGCCCGCUGUGGACUACAACCAUGACUAUACACCGGACAUCACCCACUGGCGGUCCGUGGUCCCAGUAGGCUCGGUUUAACGUCCCCCGGUACCGUGCUGACUGAGCAGCUGACAUUACGGUGGAUGUACCGGGAGCUCGUAGCUGGCUGGGAAUGAAAGCAGCGUGCUGAAGGAGGAACCGUGGAGGAGAAGAAGAGCAGCAGCAGCACACCGGGACUGCACCGUGGUGUUCCGGUAGACCAGAGAAUGCCAUCCCUGUCGGAGCAGCUGCAGGAGGUGCGGAGUCGGGCUGAAGUGUGUCUGUACUCUGGUGGCCGGGUAGUGGAGGUGCGGAUCGGGGUGAUGUCUAUGGCUAAUCUGCCCUUACCGCCCUGCUCCAAAUACUGCCACAUCACCGCAGAGACCAUGGUCAUAGAGAACAGCUUUGGCAGCAACAGGAAGGAGACCCUCGCAUCUCUCCAGCGCUUGUCUACAGCACUGAACAUCCUCGAAAAGUACGGCUGUAAUUUGACCAAUCCCAACAGGCCAAAGUACUGGAGGACCGUGAAACACAACAACCCGGUGUUCAGGGCCACCGUUGAUGCUAUUCAGGGAGGACGAGCAGUGCUCUGUCUCUAUGGUUACUCCAAUCAGCAGCCAGACGGGCUCAGCUUCCCCGAUGAUGUCACGGAUCCCGAUGUGGGCCGAGUUGCUGCAGUAACACUAGAAGUGAUGAGUCUGAGGAUGGAGCUAGAAAUGCUUAUUAAGGAGGCUCAUCCCCACCCGGAGUUCUAUGAGAGAAUCAUUCCUACACUGAGACACAAGGAUGUGGGUCUCAACACUGACGCUGUGGUCUGCCACUUCUCCUCCUCUUCAUGCCAUUCAGACGGUCAGACCAAGUCUCUGGCGUUCCCCCUCCACCAUCGCUCCUCCAGGGAGGGCAUUCGUGGCCAGUCCCUGUCCACCAAACACCAAAGUCUCAGGUCCAUUCAGGUCUUUUCCACCUCCUCGAACAAACACCCAGAGAACUGCACUAUCUGUGGAAUAUUCCGUAUCUCUGCCCACUGCCUCACCUGCCUCCAGGGGCUCUGCUGCGAAUGUGACAGACUGUACCAUUCCUACCCUGAGAGGUCCAACCACCGUCGAACAGCUGUCUCAUCAUCGUCGUCGUCGUCAUCAUCAUUUUCAUCAUUCCAAAACAGGAACAGUCACAGUUCUUCCUGGCGUUGCCUCCAGUGCACUAAGGUCAACUCGGUCCAGGACGUGCUGUGUGAGGAGUGCGAGCGUCCUCGUUUGGAACUGAUCAGCUCCAAAGCAGAUGAUUCUCCGCCUGCCACCGUCACUGAGUGGCAGUGUAAGAGCUGUACCAUGGUGAAUGCAGCCAGCAGUAUUCUGUGUGAAGUGUGCGAUAGACCUCGUUUGGCCACACGACCUCCGGUGACCCCGUCACACCCACCCAUCACUCCCCCAAGACCACCAGCACCAGUACUGGGCAUGCCCGGUGACCCUGACAGCCAAUGGGUGUGUCAGUUCUGUACCUAUCUGAACUACUCCCCUGCCACAGUGUGUGAGAUGUGUGACCUGGCUCGUCCAGAGCCCGCCCCCCUGCCCGUGAGGCUCCGCCCUCCCUCUCCUGUCAGACGGGUCCCCGCCCUGCCAAUCAAACCCAAACAGCCCGCCCCCGAGGACCUGGACUCCUGGAGGCAGAGGCUGAUGAAGGACGAGGGACUGAAGCUGAUUCAACUGAUUAGAGACGGAGAGAAAAAAGGAGUGAGUCCAGAGGAGGUGUACACCAGCAUGAGGGUAGCCGGGGACAGCAGCAUCCUGCCAUGCAAGUGGUUGAAGACGGAGCUUCCUCUGCUGUUAGACCAGAUCAGGAUGUCGGUGGCAACAUCUCCCCUUCAGUCCGUUUGGGGCACAACAGAGCGCACAAGGCGGUCAUGUGAAGCUCCUGCUGGGGAUGUUGGGAAAGAGGCAGAAACUGAUGGUGUGGUCCAGUUGUCCAGAGCGGAGGCCAAGCAGGCCUGGCUGACAGCAGGGGGCGACACUGAGAGAGCUGCCAGGCAAGCUCUGAGAGACAGACUCGCCAAGGUGAAGGAGCUGUGUGCGCUGGGCUUCAGCGAUGAGGCUCGCUGUCAUGAGGCUCUGAGGCAGAGCAGCGGUGAGGUGAGGGGAGCCCUGGCCCUGCUGCAGCGACCCCUUCUGGAGCCGUUCCACAAGCACAUCUGGAGCGACAAGCCCGAGCCUCCUGUAGACAUCCAUCACCCUGACAAGCAGCGCAUAUGUCGGAGGUUACUCGCGGUGUACGACCUUCCCAGCUGGGGUCGCUGCGAGCUGGCACUGUCACUGCUUCUGGAGCACAGCGCCCCCUACGCCCUGGAGGACGUAGUGCAGGCUGUGCGAGAGUCCCACGACAGGGAGUUCAUCAAGAGAGUGCUGGCUAAAGAGUGUCCCAUCUGCCUCUCUGUCUUCCCCCACAGCAAGAUGCAGUCUCUGACGUCGUGUCAAUGCUCCGUGUGCUGUGGUUGUUUCCAGCAGCACUUCACCAUCGCCGUGAGGGACAAACACAUCAGAGACAUGGUGUGUCCGGUCUGCUGGGAGCCGGACAUCAACGACCCCGAACACCUCAACAGCUACUUCUCCACCCUGGACAUCCAGCUGCGAGAGUGUCUGGAGCCAGAAGUCUACGAGCUGUUCCACAAGAAGCUGACAGAGCAGGCUCUAAUCAAGGACCCAAAGUUCCUCUGGUGCUGUCACUGUUCCUAUGGGUUCAUCUAUGAUGGAGACCAGCUUAAAGUCACCUGUUUUCAGUGUCGCAACAGUUUCUGUGCUCAGUGUAAAAGGCCUUGGGAGUCUCAGCAUGCAGGUCUGUCCUGUGAACAGUACCAGUCAUGGAAGAGAGAGAAUGAUCCAGAGUACCAGAGACAGGGCCUGGCUGGAUACCUCAGAGACAACGGCAUCACCUGUCCUAACUGUCGCUUUCAGUAUGCGCUGUCCAAAGGAGGCUGCAUGCAUUUCUGCUGCUCACAGUGCCGUUACCAGUUCUGCAGUGGCUGCAACAACCCCUUCCACACCACCUGUGCAGUGGACGAGUGCAGUGUGUCUGGAUUACAUGCCCAUCAUCCCAGAGACUGCCUCUUCUAUCUCAGAGACUGGGAACCUUCCAGACUGCAGGCUUUACUGCAGAAUAAUGGAGUGGCGUUCAACACUGAACCCCCUCCUGGAACACAGACAGGUCUGUGUGGAGUGAUAGAGCAGAAGGAUGAGGGAGGGCAGCAGCCAGAUUCAGCCUGCGGAGCUCAGACCCAAACUGGACAUGCUGGACUCUGCGAGAAGCAUUACCGGGAGUACCUGGUCAGCCUGAUCAACAGCCAUUCCAUCGACCCGGCCCCCCUCUACAGCUCCAACGAGCUGCUGCUGGCCUGCAGGAGGUACAAGGUGGACGACGCCCGCAGGGACGGAGAGGACGGCUUCACCUACUACAGCAGACUGCUCGAGAAACUGAUGGAUGAAGUACCGCUCGGUGACAAGGUGCCACGCAAGAAAUAAUGAGUCACUUCCUGUUUCCUGCGGUGAUCAUUUGACCUUUCAACUUAAAACUCAGCUACGAGAGACAAAAAUGGCAAAACGGUUUCCUUUAGCUUUUGGAAUCUGGAAAUGUGAACUCAUGUUCCAGUGAUGGUGUAAAUACACAGGAGUGUCAUCUCCGAAGCUUUGCCUGAGUGCUUUUAAUUAGUUUCAUUUAAUCGGUGAGAUAUUUCACAUAAGGUUUAAAUACUGUUGGUUUCAGCUGAGAGCUUUAAUCUAAAUUAAAACACAGCAAAAAAAAUGUGAUGGAAACGCCACUCCACACCAUCUGGGGCCCAUAUCAACAGCCUGGCUCUCUUUGAGUUGCUUAUCUUCACUGAGUCUAACUGGUAUCAUGAAUCAACUGGCUCACUUAACUCCAGUUUACUGAUCUAACUUUGAGCACAUUACUGGGGCAGCUUUCUGAAUUACGAGCCAAUCACAUCAACAGAAAAGGGCCCACUGUUAUUAUUUGAUGUGGGACAAGAUGAAAUUCCCAGGAGUUAUGCAGCAGCAGGUAAAAGACUGAUGGAAUAAAGACACAACUAGUAUAAAUUAAAGCUGGGGUAGGUAAUGUAUUUUAGAAACAUUUUUGUUAUAUUUAUUGAAAUUCUCAGCAAUCAAUAAAUCAAAUGCUCUGACAAAAAAAAGGAAAAGAUCCGGUAUCCGUGGCUGUCACAGGACUGUACUAGCCAUGUUGGUUAUUUAUGUUCAUUAUACUGUAGGGGUGUAACGGUACACAAUAUUCAUGGUUCGGUAUGUACCUCAGUUUUGGGGUCACAGUUCAGUACGUUUUCAGUACAAUAGGGAAAACAAAGAAAAUGCAGAAAAUUACUCUUUUUUUUUCAUUUUAUUUCGAAAGCUAUUGAAUGUUAACAAACAUUUGUGUUAACAUUCAACAGUUGCUCAUUGUCCAUAAUUCUUACUUUAACAGUUAAGGCACUCAAAUACUGACAUAUUGUCAAUAAAAUAUAAAUAAAUAAGAGAAAUGUCUGUUAUGUUAAUGUAAUAUAAUGUAAAUGUAACCCAGUUUCCCCCCACCCCGGGAUCAAUAAAAGUAUUUCUGAUUCUGUAAUGCUCCAUCAUGUUGAUAAUUCCUCAACUGCGGCUUGUGCUCGUUCAUACAGGGCAGGCACAGCAGAUUGACACACAAAUCAUAGCGUGACUCAAAACACUUUGACCAUAUGCAUUAAUUCUGUAUUGUUUACGAUCGAGUGUGGUCGCAUACGCAGCGAUAAACACUAUCAUUAGUUGCUUUGGCUCUCUCUGAGUAGUAGACACCGAAAAGGAUGUCGCGGACUGAGCCAAACGUCCUGCGCCGAACGGUUCAUUACAAUUACACGUAUUGUUACACCCCUAUUACUUUAAUUAUGAUCAUUUUGGGGGAGUGUCUUUGGAGGGAGGCCUGACGGGACGGACUGUCAGUGUUGCCGACUUGGUGACUUUCUCUCUAGAUUUAGGGAUUUCUGGAGCUAGUGCUGCUAGCUACUGUUACUGGAAAAGAGUUGGCAACACUGGACUGGGUUUUUAGGUUGUAUAAUUUUUUUAAUCUAGCAUACACUUGCUGGUUUCUCCAAUGUUACCUACCCAAGCUUUAAGGAGGAAUAGAAGUAGUAGAAACAAUAUCCUGAUAUUAAGUCUAAAAUGUAUUUGUGGGGCUGUUCUUGCAUAAUGAAAAAGCUAUUGCAACUAAAUGCAAUAUACUUCAAAACAGCAACCAGUGAAGUAAGCAGCUAAAGCUAGAGAUGAAAAAAAAUAAAAAAUUUAAAAAGAAAAUAACUCUUAAUAAGGUUAAUUUGGCCAUAAUAUUGCAUUUAUAAUAUACUGGGAGCUAAUGAAGAAAUUGAGCACAACUAGUAUCCUGCAAUUGUUGUUUUUUAGCGUUUUUUUAAACCCAGAGUGCACAGAUGGUUGGGUUAAAAUCAUGCCCUCUAUGUCUGACGUUAUCAUCAUGGAUGUAUAAAAAAUGCUCUUUAUUACUUGUCACUUUAUUGUGAAACUCAACACUUUUGUCCCUGUCAGGAUCCUGUAGGCCAAUUUCUGUUUCCCUCGGAUGGUGAAGUCAUGACCCGCCCUACUCUGCCUCUGAUUGGCUAGUACUAGGUUGGGUUAAUUAGGAUUAGGCAUGAGGAGUUAGAUUGGUUAGGGUUAGGUUAAGAAUAUCAGGGUAAGCCAAUCAGAAGCAGAGUAGGGUGGGUCCUGUAGACAUGGACAGUGAUCUGAUUGGUCAGUAGUUGGGCUGUUGACACGUUUCGAUCCGAUCCUCUGAACUGAAUCUCGACUGGAGUGGUUAGCCGUGCAGCAUAGGUUACCAUGGUGAUCUCCCCCAUGAUGGCCCCAGGUCUCGUACUACAUUGUCAUAUCAUGAAAUCCUGUGUUUACUGCACAUUCGUUAUUGUUGUGUUUUAUUUAUUGUGUGUAAAAUGAAAUACUAUGAUUGUGCAUGUUUAAACUUGAGAGUAUUGUAUCGUAAUCCGCUAUAUUAUCAGUAUUUACAGAUGGUUUGUCUAGCAUUCACUGUUGCCGAUGGGGCGUUGCAGAUGAAGUCCCUGUCUUACAAGGCCUGAAUGAAACUAAUUUGAUUGGUUGCUGUGAAUGUGAUUGAUAUGCAGCAGUAUGCCCAACAUGGUGAAUGCGUUUCAUGAGAGUGUUAUUCUUUAACUGAGAGAUACGCCCCUGAAGUGUGAAUCCCAGCCAGAGUGCAUGUGGUGGUCUGUACUGUACUCAAAAUAAAUGCUUAUAAUAAAUCAUGUCACACAUGUUU